AUGCCACGGAUCAAACAGUCCACUUUGCUCGACUUGGCGGACUCCGACUCAGACUCCAGCUUCAACACGCAUCCAAGGGCGCUGAAGACAGCAGACGACAUGCCUGCUGCAAAGAAGGGCCGAGGUCGCGCCGCUGCCAACAAGGUCACAAAGCCUGAGCCCAAGACCAAGACGCGUCGCGUAGGGGCAAAGGCUGCGGCUGCGCUGGAGGAGGAAGCAGAGAGGCAGGCGCUUGCAGAAAAGGCCGCAAACCCACCAGUGAAAGCAACACGAGGUCGCAAGGCCAAGAAGGCUGCCGAGGAUGAGGACGACGACGGCGCAGACGACGUGCUGGCAACGCCGCCGCACAGCGAUGAGCCUGCGAAAACCAAGGGUGGCCGCGGUCGCCCAAAGAAGGAUGCCGUGGUACCCGAGUCAGUGCAGAAAAAGGCAGAGCCCUCAGCCGUGAAACGAGGACGGAAGGCUGCCGUCGAUAAGGCGGCACCGCAGGCGCAGCCCGAGAUCCCGGAGACUCAGGCGGAUGAUAAGAUGGAUAUCGAUGCCUCCGAGGAGCAAGAUCAAGUGGAGGACCUCCCGACCUUCUCGCGGUUCAGCGCUCCUCCGUCUGCGCAGCGGCUCAGCUCCUAUCAUAUCCCACUGAGCGCGUCCAAGCGGUCAGCCAGCUCAUCAUUGAUUGAGAGCGAUCCCUCAACUAGACGACAUCUCGGGAAAUUGACAAAGAAGUAUGAGGCAUUGGAGCUUAGAUAUAGAGAGCUGCGUAACGUGGCGGUUGUGGAAGCGGAGAAGAACUUUGAUCAGCUCAGAAAGCAGAGUGAUGAGAAAACGCAGGCCUCCAACGAGCUCAUAAAAAGCCUGAGGAGCGAUCUCGCAGCCCAGAGGCAGCUAGCGAAAGAGGGGCAAAAGUCCCAGCAGCUGUUCGAGGCCAGUCAAGCCAAAGCCGACAAGUUGCAGGCCCAGAUCACGGAGAUAACCACGACGCUGUCCGAGGCCAAGACGGAGAUCAAGUCUCUCACCACGAAGCUGAAUGCCGCGCGAGCUGCCGAGGCAACUGCCACGGCCACGGCCCAGGCCGCGUCCGUGAGGGUUCCGGGUAGCGCCAUGAAACCCAGCGCGAUGGGCGGGCGAGGCGUAGACCAGGCGCAGGUGCAAGCUCAGCUGCAGGCCACUCAGACGGCCAAGAUGAAGGAGAAUCUGUACAGCGACCUGACGGGGCUGGUGGUGACGGGCAUCAAACGCGACGGGCCGGAGGACGUGUACGAUUGUAUCCAGACGGGUAGGAACGGCACACUGCACUUCAAGCUGGCCAUUGCGAACGAGAACUCGGACGAGAACACGGACGAGGCCGAGUUCAUGUACAAGCCGCAGCUGGACGAGCGGCGCGACAGCCAGCUCAUCGAGAUGCUCCCCGAGUAUCUUGUCGAGGAGAUCUCUUUCCCGCGGGCCCACGCUGCGAAGUUCUACUCUCGCGUGCUGAAGUCUCUAACAGAAAGACUCGACUGA